AUGGAGACCAUUGACCCAGCAACAGGGCAGCAGCUGCCUACAGACGCUAUCCAGCGCAUCCUGUUCAUCGCAACAAGCGUCCACGUCUACAACAUCCCGCCCCUGGCCUCGACCAAGGGCUACACAGCAGCCACAUGGACUGAGGAUCCUAAGCGGCACAUAGUCACAUGUCGGUUACGGGUCAUCGAGACCGCCUUGCCCCAGCCUAGUGGGGAUGACAAGGUCAAGACAGAUGUUAUCCUCGAGGACACAUCAAGCGGGCAGCUCUUUGCCGCUGCCCCUUACACCACGCCUGCCGUCGUAGAGCCCGCGCUCGACAGCUCACGCUUCUUCGCCCUGCGGGUGCAGGACCCCAGCGGGCGGAAGGCCACCCUUGGCAUCGGCUUCGAGGAGCGGAGUGAAGCCUUUGACUUCGGUGUUGCGCUGCAGGAUGCAAGGAAGGGGCUCGGACUGGACGGUGGUCCUUCUGCUCCAACUCCUCAGCAGAAACAGAAGCAGGACGCUGAAGAGAAACGCGAUCUCUCCUUGAAAGAGGGCGAGACAAUCACGGUGAACCUCGGUGGUAAGUUUGGGAGGCGACGACCGCAGCAAGAAGCCGAGCCCGCCGACACGAGCGCGGGUCUUUCCUCGUUCUCUCUACCGCCUCCUCCUGCAUCUGGUUCACGCGGAGGGUUCUCUCUAGCCCCUCCGCCGAGUGCUCAGGAGGUCAAGCAAGACCAGAAAACCGCAAAAGACUUAGGCUUCGAUGACGGCCAGUUCGGCGAGUUCGCCUGA